AUGUUUAUCCAAUAAAUUUUAUGGAAGGCGACUUGAAGAUGGAAAUAUUUCUCUUGAAGAACGAGAAAUAGGUGGAACGAGACUGUAGCUAUGAAUUGUGAAACGUGUCGAGCGUUAUCUCGUUCUUCGGAUUCUGACUUUUCCAGCCGAAACUUAUCUUUUCUUAAUUUGGAGAUUAGGAGCUAUCCGAAAUCAUACUGAUUUUUCGGCUACGUCUGGGCUUGGGGAUUACGGCCAGAGUAUUUGAUCUUUGAUCUUCCAAUUUCAGCUCCUUUGAUCUGUUGUUUCAGUUCCCAAAAGCUUGGCCGGAUUCCGCUCCGACUCCGGCAAUUUCGGAUUUAGCAUGGUGUUUUCGAGUUCAUUAGUUAUAGAAUAAGUCAGGUUAUGAACAUCCAAUGGAGGAGUCUGAGGAGCUUCUCACAGAUAUGAAAUUCAAGGAAAAACGAGGUAUGGUACCUCCACGAGCUUCUGAUCCUGGUUGGGCUCAUGGAAUUAUGGUCAAUGGGGGUCGUCAGAAGAUUAAAUGUAAAUACUGUAAUAAAGUAAUGCUUGGGGGUGGCAUAUCCAGACUAAAGCAACAUCUUGCUGGGGAAAGAGGAAAUGUAACUCCUUGUGAGGAAGUUCCAGAAGAAGUUAAGGUGCAGAUCCGACAACUUUUAGGUUUUAAAGUUUUGGCAAAGCUGAAACGGCUGAAGAAAGGUAGCAAAAAUGCAGCAUCCUGCGUCUCGAGUAGGGAAGAAAUAGAUGAUGGGGUACACCGAGUUCAGAAUACUCGACGACGCUCUUUCCAGAGAAGGGGAAAGGAGGUAUUGGAAAGUGUUACUAAGAAAGCAAAGAGGAAAAAGAAAUACCCUUUUCCAACAUCUUUUGUCACUCAAUCUGUUAACCAGAAUACCUCGACAAUAGAAAGCAUAGAACAAGCUGAUAUGGCUGUUGCCAGAUUUAUAUACCAAGCUGGUAUACCUAUUAGUGCAGUAAGCACACAACAUUUCCAACAAAUGGCUGAUGCCAUUGCUGCUGUAGGCCCUGGUUAUAAGAUGCCUACCUGUCAUUCUUUGAUGGGUAAAUUGCUCGACAGAAGUGUCCGGGAUGUUGGGGUGUAUGUUGAAGAGUUGAGAAAGUCUUGGGAGGUUACAGGGUGCUCAGUCUUGGUUGAUAGGUGGAUGGAUAGAACUGGUUCUGUAGUCAUAAACUUUUUUGUCUAUUGUCCUAGGGGUACCAUGUUCCUUAAAUCUGUUGAUUUAUCAGAAAUAUCAGAAUCACCGGAAGGGCUUCUAAAUUUAUUUGACAGCAUUGUUCAAGAAGUUGGACUGAAGAAUAUCGUCAAUUUUGUAACAGAUACUUCUCCCUUGCUUAAAGCUGCAGGUAUACUCUUGGUCGAAAAAUACAAGACAUUUUUCUCAAGUGUUUGUGCUGCACAUUGUGUGGAGUUAAUCCUCGAGGAAUUUGAGAAAAUGGAAGAAGUAAAAGAGAUUGUUGGGAAAGCGAAGAGGAUAGUUCAGUUCAUAUACAACGAUGUCUGGGUCCUAAAUCAGAUAAAGAAGAGAAGUGGUGGAAGAGAGAUUAUUCAACUUGCAUCUUCAAGAUAUUUCUCCAUCUUCUUGACUCUUCAAAACAUUUUUUCUUUGAAAAACCAUAUUUGUCAGAUGUUUACCAGUGGUGCUUGGAUGCAGUCGAAUUUUUCGAAGGCCGGGGCUGGACUUGAGGUGGCAAAGAUCACAGCUGAUCCAAUCUUCUGGUCAAAGUGUGAACAUAUUACAAUGGGAACAAAACCCUUACUUUCUGUGAUGCAAUUUCUUGAAUCAGAGGAGAAGCCAUCUGCCGGGUUUAUAUAUGAUGCAUUUGAAAAAGCAAAGAACAGUGUCAUGCUCGCUUUCAACCAGAAGGAAUCCGUCUACUUGCCAUAUUUGAAAGCCAUUGACCAUGUUUUGCUGAAGGAAUUUCAGAGCUCUCUUCAUUUGGCUGCAUACUACCUAAAUCCAUCGAUAUUCUAUAGUCCUACAUUCGUACCCAGCAAAGUUAUUCAAAAGGGUUUACUUGAUUGCAUUGAAGCCUUAGAGCCAGAUAUAACAUCCCAGGUUAUGAUUACAAACAACAUAAACUUCUAUGAGGAAGCUGUUGGAGAUUUUGGGCGGCCAGUGGCAUUACAUGGUCGAGAUUCAUUGGCCCCAGCUACUUGGUGGUCAUUGUAUGGAACUGAUUACCCGGAUUUACAACGCUUGGCCGUUAGGAUAUUAAGUCAGAGCUGCACCAUUAUACAAUGUCGUAAAAGCUUGAGUGUGUUCAAAUAUAUCUAUUCAAAGAAGAAGAACCGGCUUGAAAAGCAGAAGAUGAAUGACCUUGCAUUUGCUCAUUAUAACUUGCAACUCCAGGAGAGGAGACUGGAGACUUGUAAAGCAAGGUGCUCAAUAGAUGCACUUGAUCCUGUUUUUUUGGAAACCAUUGGUGCGAACAUGGAAGAUUGGGUGGAGGAUGUUGAGGCAUUGGAGGAUGAGCACCAGAGGUGGGUGGAUAUGAAGGCCACUAGUCAGUAGACCUUGAUGGAACAUAAUUUGUCCAAUAUGGAUAGUUGUAUUGGAAGCACAGAUGAGAGAGGCAGAGAAGCCACUAGAGGUACAGAUGAUAAUGAUUUGUAGUCUCCGUUUUGUUGUUUAAAAGCAGCUGAUUACCUCAUCUAUAAAUAAUUAGUUUAUGAAUGCUCUAUUCUGUUGUAUAAUCUGCUAAAUGUGCGCUGUAUCUAAUUUUCAUCAGUUAUGCAAAGUUGAUAUGCAUUUGGUAUCCAAUCUUUGAUCAACGCUAUUUCUCUGGCAAACUAAACGCUUUGAUGACAAUACCUGGCUAUUAAAGAUCAGAUAGUUUACUGGCUAGUAGUGUGAUAACAAAGACCCCAGAUUUACUAUCGCGUUAUCAUUUGGGCUCUUGAAGUAGGCAUCUUUAUAGGUCCUGUGCUAAUAUCCAUUUAAGAACGUGCAGACAGAUAACCUUGUAGGAUAAGCUAAGCACGAUGUCAAGGGCAUUAGAUUUAGCUCAGUGGUUAUCGGGAAAUUCCUUGGACUACUAAUUAAAUUACCAAUAUCCUAUGUUCUUGACUUCCAAAUAUUCCAAGGGAGUGACCUAAUUUCAAGCUUGGUUACUCAUGAUAGCCUAGAGAGGUAGAGAGCACAAAGAUCCUCUGGUUUCUUUACAUCCACAAAGAUCCUGCUCUAUGUAUUUGAGAAAAUGAAGCGUUGCUCAAUCAUUUGCUCUUUCGUUGUCUGUUCGCUUUCAAGGGCUGAAAUUUCAUGUGCCAACAAUUCAGCUUAGUUUGGUGUCCUCCCAAGGAUUUUGAAGAUUAGCUUCUUAAGUUGUUAUUAGGGUGAUGCUUAAAGACUGAAAGGACCCUUUCUUACAACUAUAGAGAAGGUCAAAAUUUCUCGAUUUAGAUGUCUCAUUUGGGGAGGUUGACUUAAAGAGUUCAUGGUUUUCUACUUUGAAGUUUAAAUGUCUAAUGGGAGAAAAUGAAGAUUUGCAGCCGAUCUUGGUGACCCAAUGGAAUAAGGUGUAAAAGUACAUUGG